AUGGUUGCUCCUGUUUGUCUGGUUCUGUCACGUGAUGGGGUUGGCCAAGAAAACCUGCGACUUUGGGCUGCUGCGGUUGGCUCUACAAACACAGAGCGAACGGGAAGUUGGAAGAACGUCGAAACGAUCCAUCUAAGAUAUGUUAAUGCUCAUCAGAUGUGGCUGGACCGUUUUUCCGCCCACCCCCCCGCCGCCUCCGGUGCGUCCACCCCCAGCUCGCGCCCAUACUCCCCAGCCCGCCGUAACCCGCUCCUCGCCGCUGCCUCUUCCCACCCGGUCCAUCCAGCCUUCAGUCCUCGCUCCUCCUCCCUCUCUCUAGCUACCUCCCCCAAUGUCUCUACAUCUUCGAUCCCCGCCACCCUGCGCCAGGCAAAUGGCUCCUCCUCGUUGCCCAGACAGGACGGAUCGAAGCUGGACUCGAUGUCACAGCAGCAGCAGCAGCAACAACAACGGCAACAGCAACAGCAACAACAACAACAACAGGACCCCCUGGAAGUGCUGUGUAACAUCCUUGGGAAACAGCAAAUCGCAGGUGACAUGCAGACUGUGUCUGUUGUGAAGGCUGCGGUGGCGAAGCCGGAGUGUCUGGUCGAGGAUAUUGAGUUUGGGGAGUUGAGUCUGGAGGAGUUUGUCCAGCAGGGGAAGAGCGGUGGGGAUAAGACAUCCAAAGGGCGUGGAGAUGUGCAGACCCUCGAGCAAUAUGAAAAGGAGAGGGAUAGGUUUCAGGAUCUCCACGGCGCAAUUGCGGGCUGCGACGAUGUCCUGAAAUCAGUGGAAUCAUACCUGUCCAGGUUCCAGACAGAACUCGGAGUCGUCUCCGCAGAGAUCGAAUCACUGCAGUCUCGAUCCGUCCAGCUAAAUUCACAACUGGAGAACAGACUCAACCUCGAACGGCUUCUAGGCCCAGCCGUGGAAGAGGUCAGCAUAUCGCCAAAGGCAGUGCGGCUGAUAUCAGGGGGCCCCAUCAACCAAGAAUGGGUCAAAGCCCUGAACGAAGUCGAGACGAGAUCGGCCUCGAUCGAAGCCAACACCUCCACCCUCGCUAAUGUAAAGGCGGUCGAGGAUCUGAAGCCGCUCCUAUCCGAUUUGAAAGCGAAGGCCAUCGAGAGAGUCAGAGAUUAUCUCGUCGCGCAGAUCAAGGCUAUUCGAUCGCCCAAUAUGAACGCCCAAGUCAUUCAACAGAAAUCCCUCGUGAAAUACAAGGAUCUCUAUGCCUUCCUCGCGAGAAACCAUCCAACGCUUGCAGAGGAGAUCGUCCAGGCUUACAUCAACACCUUGAAAUGGUAUUACCUGUCCAACUUCACCCGCUACACCCAGGCCCUGGAGAAGCUCAAGCUGCACGCUGCUGACCGCAACGAUCUGCUGGGUGGCGACCCAAACGCUCAAAAACGCGCGAACGCAUACCACAGCACAACCUACGACCCCUUCUCCCUAGGUCGGCGCCUCGACAUCCUACGAUCCGCCAACCCCACCGCCCUCCCCUCCUACCUAGCCGAAGACCCGCAGCAGCCCACCAAACAAACAAUCCACGGCAUCGAAGUCCCCUUCCACAACUUCAACCUAGCCCUCAUAGACAACAUCUCCGCCGAAUACAGCUUCGUCACGGAGAUGUUCGCACCCGCCCUCCCGCCCUCACACUCACACUCACACUCACACUCACACUCACGAGCAAGUGCCAGCACACAAACCGCCCGACUCCACCAAAUCUUCAACCCGGUCUUCACACUCGGCCAAACCCAGACAAAGACCCUCCUGGACCGCUCGACAGACUGCCUAGGCAUCCUCCUCUGCGUCCGCCUGAACCAGCACUUCGCCUUUGAGCUCCAGCGCCGCAAAGUCCCCGUCGCCGACGGCUACAUAAAUCAAAUAAACAUGCUGCUCUGGCCCCGCUUCCAGAUGGUCAUGGACAUGCACACCGAGUCCCUCAAGCGGUUUGCCGCGGGCAUCAACACCAUCGCCGGUGCCGCAGCUUCUGGUGCUGCCCACAACAUCGCCGCCCUCGCGCUCACCAGCGGAGGCGAUAGACAGUCUUCGUCCUCCUCGUCAGCGCCGCACCCGCUGACACAGCGCUUCGGGCAAUUCCUGCAAGGCAUUUUGGCGCUUAGCAGUGAGGCGGGGGACGACGAGCCGGUGUCGAACAGCCUGGCGAGGCUGCGGGGGGAGUUUGAUGUGUUGCUGGGGAAGUUUGGGAGGGCGGGCAAUGGGGGUGAUGCGAGGGGGAGGGAGAGGUUUCUGUGGAGUAAUUAUUCGCUUGUUAUGACCAUUAUCAAUGAUACGCAUGGGAAGCUGGCGAGUGAGCAAAAGGAGGUAAGUUUUGAGUUUCUUUUCCAUCAUGGUCGCCCUUCUUUUCCUUACUGUGACCUGGCGACUAUGGGGGGCCUUCUAUAUCUGCUGACAUUCUGGAUUUGGCAAGUCCGCUUCCAUUGUUACACUGUGAGAGCGACCUCGAUAUUUGUUCGUAUCAUCAGUAUUAUUAUUGAACAGGUGAUAAUCGGCGGCGGCAUAGUCGGCCUCUCCAUCGCCCGCCACCUCGCCGCCGCCCGCCCAAACACAACCACAGUCCUCCUGGAACGCCACGCCCACCUCGGCACCGAGACAACAAGCCGCAACUCCGAAGUGAUCCACGCAGGCCUCUAUUACCCGCGCGCCUCUCUUAAAACCAGCCUCUGCAUCCGCGGCAACCACCUCCUCUACUCCCUCUGCGCGUCCCGCAACAUCCCCCACUCCAACACGUCCAAGUGGAUCCUGGCGCAGGACGACGAGCAGAUGCAUACCCUGCAGCAGCUGCAUGAGCACUCGAGGCAGAUUCGGGUGCCAACGCGGUUUGUGGGGAGUGCGGAGGCGAGGAGGGCGGAGCCGGAUGUACGAGCGCGGGCGGGGGUGCUGGAGAGUGCCAGCACGGGGAUUGUGGAUAGUCAUGCGCUCAUGGGGUGUUUGCGGGGGGAGUUUGAGGAGAUGGGGGGCGACGUGGCGCUGUUGACUGCGGUGGAGGGGGUGGAGAAGUUACCUGCCGGCGGUGGGUAUGUGAUAUACACCAGAUCCGGUGGUGGUGGGGGUGGGGGUGGGGGUGGGGAAAAAGGGCAAGGCGGGGAGGAAUGGGCGGUUACGGCGGAGACUCUCAUUAAUGCCGCGGGGCAUUCCUCCUGCGCUAUUUCUAAUAUGCUUCUGCCGCGGCACAGACAUGUGACACCCGCCUACGCGAAGGGGACGUAUUUCUCCUACGCGGCGUCCAGUCCCAAGCCGCGCAGGCUGCUGUAUCCGGCUCCCAAGGCUGGACUGGGGGGCCUGGGGACGCAUCUUACGCUGGAUAUGGCGGGCCAAGUGCGCUUUGGGCCGGAUGUGGAGUGGGUUGAUGGGCCUGAGGAUCUGGUGCCGAAUACGGGGAGGCUGGAGGAGGCCGUGAGGGAGAUUCGGGAGUAUUUGCCCGGGGUUAAGGCGGAGAUGAUUCGGUUGGAUUACUGUGGGGUUAGGCCGAAGUUGGCGGUCGGGGAGGGGGAGGAGAGGGGGGCGUUUAGGGAUUUUGUUAUUAGGGAGGAGGAGGGGUUCGAGGGGUUUGUGAAUUUGUUGGGGAUUGAGAGUCCGGGGUUGACGAGUGCGUUGGCGAUUGGGGAGAGGGUUGAGGAGUUGUUGUAUGGGUAG